GCUGUAAUCGCGAAAUUAUUGCGCGAAAAGAAGGAGCUGCUUGAGAAACCGAUAACAGCUUGGGUGGACGUGGAAACUUGGAUUCGUGCCAUCACAGAAAUAGAAAAUUAUUUACAAAUUCAUGGUACUAUCGCCUCCGCAUCUGACGAAUUCCAGUAUGAAAGGCAAAGACUUCAAGAACAGUUUAUGGAAAAAAAGAGAGCUGUUGGAAUGCUGCAAGCGAUUCAUGAUUCUGUCGAAUUGGUUAAAGGGAAAUUGGUCGGAUCAUCACGACUAGCGCAGCUUGCCGAACUGCAUGCUGAGCUUCACUGCUUAGCCAGCCAGUGUUUAGAGCUGUCAGAGCCGGUCUUGGUUCCGUUACGAGAUGGUUGCCGAGAAGAAAUUCUGCACAGUCUUUGUGUGUCAAUUGAACAGACAUUCUCGAGGGCGGAGCAGCAGAUCAAGGAGUUUUCAAUGGCCGAUGAGGCAGGCCUUCAGCUCGUCUCCGUCAAACUGAAGGAUGGUGUCUCAGCAGGGGCGGUUGGCGAGGUUGGGCAACACUAA